AUGGCGCCCGCGCCGCUGCGCCCGCUGCUGCUGCUGCCGCUGCUGCUGCUGCCGUUGCCGCCGCCGCCGCCCUUAGCGCGCGCCGAGGACGCCGCCCGCGCCAACUCGGACCGCUACGCGGUCUACUGGAACCGCAGCAACCCCAGGUUCCAGGCGGACGCGGUGGACGGCGGCGGCGGCUACACGGUGGAGGUGAGCAUCAACGACUACCUGGACAUCUACUGCCCGCACUACGGCGCCCCGCUGCCGCCGGCCGAGCGCAUGGAGCACUACGUGCUCUACAUGGUCAACGGCGAGGGACACGCCUCCUGCGACCACCGGCAGCGCGGCUUCAAGCGAUGGGAGUGCAACCGGCCCGCGGCGCCCGGCGGCCCGCUCAAGUUCUCCGAGAAGUUCCAGCUCUUCACGCCCUUCUCGCUGGGCUUCGAGUUCCGCCCGGGCCACGAGUACUACUACAUCUCUGCCACGCCCCCAAAUGCCGUGGAUAGGCCCUGCCUGCGGCUGAAGGUUUAUGUGCGGCCAACCAACGAGAGCCUGUACGAGGCCCCUGAGCCCAUCUUCACCAGCAAUAACUCGUGCAGCGGCCUGGGCAGCUGCCACAUCUUCCUUAGCACCAUCCCCGUGCUCUGGACCCUGCUGGGCUCCUAGUGCUGGCCCCACUGGAUGUCGGCCCCACCUGAACGGCCCCACCCUGGGCCCAGCCACGGCCCUACCUCUGAGACCAAAAAGAGAUGCCGCUUCUCUUCUGGUGCUGCCUCGCCAGGCGGGGGCCGCCCACCCACCCCAGGACCACCCCGGGGUGGGUGGCCGAGGGCCCCACUGAUGUCUGGGCGGCCAGGGUGUGGGUGCCGCCCCGGCCAAGCCAUCUUCUCACCGGGGAUGCUGAGGACCUCUUGGCAACGUUUUUGGGUUUUUUUGUUUGUUUUUUUUUUUUUUCAGUGUAUUUUUUGUGGUUGGAUUGGAGAGACUUAAGUUUUUAAUUUAAUUUAUUCCCUGUUGUCACCAGUGACUUUGGAAGGAAACAAAGUUUGGGGUGGGGGUCCCCAGCCCCCUGCUAGAGGGGAGUUGGGGAUACCUGGUUAGGCUGCUUCUCUCUGCCCUGCGCCCCAUGUGCUGGGUUCUGGCUUGAGCCCACCGCUGACACCCAGGUGCCCUUGGAACCUCCCCACCUGAUCCUAGUCCAGCCUCCGUUCCGCCAGGCCCCCUCUCACCCCUGGCUCCUGGAGUGGAAACCCACCACAUCUCACCAAAGGCACCACCAUCAAGCCCCGGCCCCCCUCAGAAUCACAGUGCCCUACAUCUUAUAAACCACUUCGGCCAAUGCAAACAAGCCCCUUUCUCCGCCACCCACCCCCCGCCCCCAGCUGGCCUUGCACAGUCGUCUCCGAGGCCAAGAAAUCGUUAUAUUUCUGUAAAUAGAGCCAGCAAGUAUAUACUGUGAUUUAUUUUGAAUGUAUUCCUGAGGAUGGACUGGAAUUUUUUUUUUUCUUCUGCCCACCCCCUUAUAGGGGACUUUUAUUUUGGUGGGGGGCUGGGGGUGGGCUUUUUAGAGUAGAAGCUGCACUUCGCAAUAAGUUCGUUUCGUCCGUCGGAGACCCCCUCCGUUGACCCUCCGACCUAAUAACGUUUGUAAGAAAAAAGGAAAAAAGAAAAAGAAAAGGACAAAAGAAAAGGAAGGGGGGAACCACCACCAAAUAGAGAAAUCCCUCCCCGAAGACACUUUAAUGAAGUAAACACCGCAUUUAUACAGAUUUCAUAUUUCUACCCGCCUUUCCUGACUCUGUGUUUUAUAUAUAUUAUAUAUAAAUAUAUAUUGUGUACGGCUGCCGGGAGAGGGCUCGAGGCGCGCCAGGUGUGAGGGGUGGGCGGACGGCUUCUGUAGGGCCUGGUGCGGGUGGGCAGCGUGGCUGCGCCCGGAGCCGGCGGUGGGGCCUGCCCUCCCCCCGCCACAAUCAACUUUGGAUUCUGUAUUUUUUUAUAAUAAAAUGAGCAUAAACCUCAGAGGCACACGUCUGUGUUUGGAUUGGACGAGCGUUUGGAGUGAACAAUGAGGAAGGCUGUUUCUGAGGAAUCCCUGGGGGUUAUGUUCAUCGUAAGGAACCCCGGUAUUGCAACGGUUAAGUGCUCCACUGCUAGCUGAAAGGUUGGGGGUUCGAACCCACCCAGCGGUGCCACAAAGAAAGACCUGGUGAUCUGCUUCCACAAAGAUGUGUUGUUGUUGUCCGUUGUGUUGUUGUUGUCAGUCGCUGUCGAGUUGAUUCCAGCUCACAGUGACCCUGGGCUUCAGGACAGAACUGCUCCAUAGGGUUUCCAAGGUUCUGACCUUUCGGAAGUAGCUCACCAGGCCUGUCUUCCCCGUAAAGAUUACAGCCCAGGAAGCCCUACGCGGCAGUUCCACUCUGUCACAUGGGGUUGCUGUGAGUCGAAAAUCAACUUGAUGGCACCUUAAGGCGACACAUUCAUCAUGUCGUUUAACCGUCACCCUUAUCCAUUCCCAAAUUUUUCCAUCAUAAUGAACAGACUUGAUUAAAAAAAAAAAAUUAUUGACAUACAAUUUACAUUUUGUUCCCAAAAGGAACCGACAGUUGGCAUUGAGUCUUUGAUUUUGUACAUUGUUUUGGGGCCAUGCCCCGGGAUAAGAACUUUGUGGGGUGUCCUAUAUGAAGCACCUACGGCCCUCAGUUUCCCCCUCUGGGAGACAGAGAAGAACCACCUGCCCCCAAGUGCAUGGAGGGAAAAGACGGGGCAGAUGCAGUUGGUGCUUAUCAAGUGCCCGUUACUGACACGUCUGAGCAUGUCAGAGACCUGGGCUGACCCCUGACCCGUGCCUAGGGGUCUCAGGUUCUGGACAAGUCUCUCAGAACCAAUCAGAAUCUGUCACACCACCUUCACCAACCUCUCCUGUUGUGUGACUCGGUUUCCCCGCCUGCCCCCAGCCGGCGGGAGUUCUGCUUUUUGCAAAAGCUGUGUCCGUGGGUUCUGGGCGACUUCACUCCUUGCCUGGCCCCAUAUUGGGGAAACUGGGCCUUGCUGGCAGGCCUGGCAGGCUGAGGUCCUCUCGGCCGAUCAUCACCCGUGUCCCACCUGUGGUGACUCUGUGUCUCGGGCACAGUUGGCCCAGGGGGAACACUCACAGCUAAUUAAUUCGGCCGUGCCGG